UCCGGGGCGUGCUUGCCGGGGAGGGAGGCGCAUGGGCCACCGCUUCCUGCGCGCCGUCCUCGCGCUGUGGCCGCCGCGGUCUGUUCUGCAGGCCCCGCGCCACAUGCUCGGCCCCGAGUCCGGUCCGCCCGCGAAGAGGCGCGGCAUGGCGCCGUCCCGGAUCGGCACGCACGGCGGCACCUUCCACUGCGACGAGGCGCUGGCCUGCGCGCUGCUCCGCCUGCUGCCGGAGUACCGGGACGCGGAGAUCGUGCGCACGCGGGACCCCGGGGAACUGGCCUCGUGUGACGUCGUGGUGGACGUGGGUGGGGAGUACAACCCCGAGCGGCACCGCUACGACCACCACCAGAGGACUUUUACAGAAACGAUGAGCUCCCUGUGCCCUGGGAAGCCAUGGCAGACCAAGCUGAGCAGUGCAGGACUUGUCUAUCUGCACUUCGGCCGUAAGCUGCUGGCUCAGUUGCUGGGCGCUGGUGAAGAGGACAGUGUGGUGGACACCAUCUAUGACAAGAUGUACGAGAACUUCGUGGAGGAGGUGGACGCAGUGGACAAUGGGAUCCCUCAGUGGGAAGACGGGGAGCCCCGCUAUGCCCUCACCACUACCCUGAGUGCCCGGGUUGCUCGGCUCAACCCCACCUGGAACCAGCCCGACCAAGACACUGAGGCAGGGUUCAGGCGCGCGAUGGAUCUGGUGCAGGAGGAGUUUCUGCAGAGACUACAUUUCUACCAGCAUAGCUGGCUGCCAGCUCGGGCCGUGGUAGAGGAGGCCCUGGCUCAGCGAUUCAAGGUGGACUCCAGUGGGGAGAUAGUGGAGCUCACUAAAGGUGGGUGCCCUUGGAAGGAGCACCUGUAUCACCUAGAGUCUCAGCUGUCCCCCCCAGCGGCCAUCUCCUUUGUUGUCUACACUGACCAGGUCGGACAGUGGCGAGUCCAGUGUGUACCCAAGGAGCCUCAUUCGUUCCAGAGCCGGCUGCCCCUGCCAGAGCCAUGGCGGGGACUGCGGGAUGAGGCCCUGGACCAAGUCAGCGGGAUCCCUGGUUGCAUCUUCGUCCAUGCCAGUGGCUUCAUUGGUGGACACCACACCCGAGAGGGUGCCCUGAAUAUGGCCCGGGCCACUCUUGCCCAGCGCCCUGCACCUGUGCCUCUUGCAAAUGCUGCAGUACAAUAAAACAUGCUUCUCUCUGA